AUGGGUAAAACAUAUAAUCAAAUAGAUACAAAAAAAAAUAAUAGAUGGGAAACAUAUAUAAAAAAAUUAACAUUACUUGCGAUAGUAACCAUCUUGUGGAAUUUAUUGUAUUAUUUAUCAUCAUAUAACUAUCUUUUUAAUAAUAAUAUCGAAGAUUCCUCCUCACAAAUAAAACAUAUAUCAUCAUCAAAAAUAUUACAGGAUUGCAACAAUGACUGUAAAUUCCUAUUUCCAUACUUCAUAGCAGAACAAGAAACAAAAUCCAAUUUACACAUAAGGACAUUUGUUCAAUUGGCUGAAUCUUUAAAUCGUAUCUUAGUAUUACCAAAUGUUGGCUCAUCAAGAUCCAGAGCAUGUUUACCCUUUUCACCUUCUUUUUAUUAUAAUUUAAACUCAUUGCAUGAAAUGUUUCCGAAUGCAAAAUUCAUUGUUCAAAAAGAAUAUGACUUUUGGCUUGAAGAUCAAUCAGAUUAUAAAAAUAUUAUUGGAGAACACAUUUUGCUUAAAAGUACUUUAGACCUUGCUGAAGGUGGUUAUGAAGAACUAAAACAACCACUACAUCGACAAAAUAAAUUUUAUAACAGUUUUAGUAUUGCAAAAAAUUCUUCUAAUCCUUAUUAUAUAAAUCAGCUUGAAACCAUGGAUUCCAAAUGUCAUUAUGAUCUCAAAACAAAUGUAACAAAAUUUAAAGAAAUUCGUAUUUUAAAAAAUGGAUUUCUAAAUCAUUCACCAAAACAACGUAAAAAAUUUUCCAAAUUCUUGAUUGAAGAUUUGAAAUCAGAUUCACAAAUACUAUUUAUUUAUUCUGAAUUGCAACAAGCAGCUUUUCCAGAUUUGUAUAAACCAAUUCCUUAUGCAGAUCAUAUAGUGAAUGAAGCUUGGAAAAUCAUCAAUCAGCUUGAUUCAUCAUAUAUUGCAAUACAUUGGAGAAUGGAACAAGCAGCACCCAAAAAUCUGCCAAGUUGUGCCAGAGAAUUAGUUAAAACAAUACAAAAAAUAAAAGAAAAUACUGGAAUAAAUAAUGUUUAUUUAGCAACUGAUUUCCCCUUAACUUACAACAGAAAUGGCAGUAUAAGUAUAACUAGCAAUGCUCUUGACAUAAAACCACAAUCUGACACUUUUGAAGUUAUUACAAUUCAUCACAUUAAAGCAAUGGAGAUAUUAACUUCUUCAGUAAACAUCAAAACUUGGCAAUCUUUAAAUGCUUUUGAAUAUUUAAAAUACAUUGGACAAGAAGAGGAUAAAGAAAAUCUUUUAAUUGGUGAAUUACAAGGUCCAGGUGUACAAGGAAUAUUAGAUAAAAUAGUUUGUAUAAAUUCAAAUUAUUUUUUGAGUGGUCCAAGAAGUUGUUGUAGAAUACAAUCUACUUAUACAAAAAUUUUGUAUCAGAACAUGAUAACAUACAUGGAAGGAUUAGAUAGGAAUACUGGCCAAAAGGAAACUUAUGUGCAAGAAAAUCUUAGUGGUGAAGCUGAAUUUGAUAUGGAAGUCCCAAAAGAAAUUAAGCCCAAAGUCACACCAUGUUAUUCACAACUUGAUUGUUGCUUUGAGAUAAAUUCAAAUGCUGUAAGAGAAGUUGGAAAGGAGGUUGAAAAAUUAGGGAUAUGUUUAAAACAUUUGAAUCUUGAUCAAAAUAAGUUUCACCAACCUGUAGAAGGAGAGUCAUAUAUAAAGGCAACACAACCCUUUUAUAAUGUUCCAUGUCAUGGUUUACAUGAUUGUCAAGCAAUAAUAGAACAUCCAAUUUUGGCUAGCAUUCCAGAAAAUACUCAAUGUGUUCAAUAUGUUUGCACUGAUUGCUUGGUAUUAAAUGGUGCUCAUCUUCAUGUGAAGCCAGAUAGAAAAAAGCAUGAGGAAGAUUCUACAUCUUCCUUAAGGCUUAUUGCCAGGUGGAUUAAUAAUGUUGCCUCCUCAAAUAAUAAUGACACAAAAAAUAAUCUAUUAAAUCUUUUAAUAAACAAGGUCAUUGGAGAUUUUAAUACAACAGAAACAAAAGCUACAUUACCAUCAAGUUCUACAGUAAUAGGAUCUUCUGAUAACCUAUUAAUCCCAAGUUUUUUCCAUCUCAAUAUAGAUUUGGCUGUAAAAAACAUUAAUAUGAAUGAAGAUGAGAAAAACAAAAACAAAUUACCACUAGAAGAACCAGAAUCUCUUGAUGAAAUUUAUGAGGCAAUUCCAAAAAAUCUCACUAGCUUUUUCAACAAUGUCCAAGAAAAUCUUAGUGGUGAAGCUGAAUUUGAUAUGGAAGUCCCAAAAGAUAUUCACUUAUAA